UCUGUCGUUUCCUAAUGUUUACCUUUUUUUACAUUAUUACUGUAAAACUGCAAAUGUUCUUCUAAAUCGGAUAUAGAUUUUGAUCGCUUUGUUGAUACUUGGACAACUGAAACAGUUCUUGUCUCAUUUGCGGCAACAUGAUGUCAUACCAGCAGACAGGGGUUAUUUUUAAAUUUGUUAUCUUUAUGUAUUAACCGAGCAAAUGUUUUUUGCGGGCGAAUUAAAAAUGGGCCAUGGGCCGUAAUUGGCCGGUGGGCCAUAGUUUGGAGUCCCACAUUACGUAGACGUGCAGAUUGGGCUCGGUUACAAAAAUAAAUACGUAAAGAUUUGCACUUUACCCUGAUAAAUACUAAGAGGCAUAGGAUUAGUUUCACUCCUAAUACUGGAUGGUGCCAGUUGUUCUGGUCAAUCGGAGUCUAGUUCUUUAUCUAUUGGGUCACAUUCUGUACAUUUUCUAUAGUUAUUUUUCUUAAUCUUGUGUUUUUGAUUACAGCUCAUGUGGUAGUCAAUGUUCUUCAUAGAGUGUGUUAUGGUUUUACUGUAAGCGGGGGAUUCUAAAAUGUCCUCCUUCAUGAAUCUUCAUGAACCUUUCUGUUGUGUUGUGCAGAGAGUUCAUUCUCAAUAAUGAUUUAACAUGGUAGGAAAUGUAAAUAUCAACAUUCAACACUUCAUUUUCAACCUAAUCCACACCAUUCCUAGGGAAUCACAAUGUUCCUUCAUUGGUGAGCUAUUUUUUAGAUUAUGCCCACGGGCUACUCAUGAGGUACUUGGGGACUGAUGUCCUGCUGCCCACGAGCAGCAUCAUGUUGGUGACCUAUGCGGUGAGGAGUAAAUAAUUUACAAAACGUUUUAAAAAAUGUGCAUUAAAACAUUUCUAAAAAAGCAAUCUGAAAAUCCAGUUUCCGUGUUUUGGCCCCUGUAGCUUGGGGACCCCUGGUCUACCAGUUCACACAAGGCCUUUCUGAAGUAUUACAUGUUUGAAUACUUGAUGACAAUCAUGGAAAUAUCCUUUAGAAGAAAUCAAGAAAUGUGCUUUACCACAAAAGGCUCGGUAAACAUGCCCAACCCAAUUCCAUUCCUAUUGCAAGUGAUUGUUUACCAGUGACAUCACCUGUUAGGUGAAGGUUGCCCCUUCCCCAGAUUCUGCACGGCAUCUGGAAUAUGUGCUCAAGGGCCAAGAGAUAAACUUUAUGCCGUCUAUCCCCGGAAAACCCGAUCUAGUCGGGUGGAUACAUGAUGGUAUAGAUGUGGUGUGGUUCGAUCUGCAGAUGGGCAAAGAUGUUUUUCCUCCCUACGAGGACAGGAUCACUCUGGAGCAAGAAUCUGCAAGGCUCACCAUCAAAGAUGCCACAUAUGAAGACAGCGGAAACUAUGACUUAAAGUUGAUGAUAAAUGACCAGCAUCGUCGUUUAAAAUACAGAAUUGAGGUUAUAGACAAAGUAGACCAACCACACAUAUCGUGUGUGUUGACCAGCCCAAACAGAGCGUUGCUCGUUUGCUCAACAGACUCCAAACAUCCUGAUUUAUUGGAGUUUAAGUGGAGCGCAAAUGGAAAGGAGCAUCCAAGACCAAACUUGCAAAUAAAUGUGAGGGGCAAACAUGAUGAUCGAGUUUAUCGUUGUGACGUGAGCAACCCUCUGACCAAGGAAACGGCCACUUUCACUGCCGGCGACUGCUUCCUGGAUAAGCCAUCAGAUGGUCCAAAUGACAUCCUCAAAAGUAAAACAACAGCUUUAUUCAUUGGCGUCAUCAUCAUAUUGAUCGUCAUCAUUGUGAUCGUCAUUACGGUCGUAGCUUUGCGAAGAAAAGGUAAAGCACGUUUUGACAAUAUAAAGAGAAGGGUUUUGAGAAGACAUAGUUCUUCGUUUGAAGGACUGCUGGAUUCAGAUGAAAACAUCAAGCGUCCAAACCCUUCAUGGGAUCUGGAUUUAUGUGAUGCACUGAAGGCAUACGGCAUCAUAAUUCACGGCUGCAUCGAUGUAGUUACUCAACUUGUAUUUUGGCUGAAGGCAGACAACGCCUCCAACGCUCCUGAAGUCAUUGCCAACCAUGUCUUGGAUACUGUGAAAGUUAUUGAGGGGUGUCCACAACAGCUGCUGGCUGACCCACACCCGGAGAACAUAUACAUCAGAGAAGUGAAACGUUUCUUGUGUAGGAAACAGAACUACAUUAACAAAUGUAACACAACCAAUGAACAGAUGGACUCAUGGUUGCUGAUCCUAUGUGAGCAAAGCGUUGAGAAUUGGACAAAGGUUUUCCAAAAUCUCAAAGAAAAUGGACAUUUCACAGGGAGUGACACGGACAAGGAGCUCAUACAGUUCUGCUUCCUCAAACCCAUCCAGGAUAAGCUGAACGGGCUUUUAAGAGACUGGAACUCACAGCGGAUGCUAGAAGCUGCAAAAAACAAACUUCUGAAUGUCUCGAGAAAGGCUGCCAACCUGUGCAAGGAGAAGUAUCAUUUUAAAGCACAGAACCCCAAUAAUGAACCAUCUUAUGAGCGCUGCAGGCUCAUUAUGGCUGAAAAUGGAUGGAAUGAACCAAAGAAUGAAGGAGCAGCAGCAAAAUUGUAUAAAAAAAUGAAAAUUGAGAUGCAAACAGAAACAUUUGAACCCAGAGACGUACACGCUGACAACAGAAUAGGGAGGGCAAGAGCACAGGGGGAGAAGGAAAACAAAACACAGGCAACCAGUCAGAACACAAAAACACAAACAAAGUCACUCACGUUAGUUUGAAGUAUGAGCUUGUUUAGCCUGACGAGUAGUUCUACAGGAAGCUAUUCUUCUUUUAUAGUAUAUAGUAACAGGUGGGACGUAUUAUGCUAACUAUUAAAUAACUUUUGAUUAAAUUAUAUGUGAAUUGUGAUACAUUUCCUGCACCAUCCGAUGAUCUCUCAAGGCAUGAAAAUGAUUGGACAAAGAUUCAUUUGACAUUAUUUGGAGAGAAAGGAAAUUAGGUCACCAUGAAGGCAAAGCAGUCUUCGGAUAUUAUUAAAGUAUGAGAGCAGCAAAAGACUUCUUUGGAAAUCGCUGCUCGAGUGCCUUCUGGUGAGGUGCAGGAUGCUGCUGAUUUUCCUAUUUUCUUUCUUUAGUCACCCAUACAUGAUUGUUUGUGCUGCUCUGCUUCAACAGUGUUAAACAAACAUGAAGGAUUUUGUAUUUGCAUGUAUAUUUAUUUCAUUGUCACUAAAUGUUAGUUUUAGGACUGACAUGUUUUGCAGCCUAUGUUGUUAAGAAUAACCACAGGUAAAAAUAGUCUAAUUUCUACUUGGUUGUGUAAAGUUACUGUGCAAAGCCGUGAGUUGGAUUUGUGAGUACAAUGCAUGUAUUGUAUGAGGUAACACUGUUGCCGUCUGGUCCAAAAGUAGCUUGAAACGUAAAUAAUUAUACUGGUAAUGGCCGGUAUUAUGAAAAAAAAAUAAAAGAACACCUCGAG